AAUUCAAUUUAAUUUAAACCUCAAUAUAUUUUAUAAAAACAAGAUAAACAUUUAAACAUUUAAUGCAGCUAACACGUUAUAUUAAUGUUAUUCACAACGUAAAAUAAGAAAUGCGCUAUUAUGAAUUGCAUACCAAGCGUAGUAGAUCCCUUGCCACACUGAUUGGCCAAUCUUUUGUACACUUUUACAACACUAAAUAAAAUUCGACAAAAAAACCAACAAGUAAAUCACCAAACAGGCCAGGCGGCAUUUAUAAUUUGUUAAAUUUGUAAAUAUAAUUAAGAAAACGUAAAGCAUUCUUAUGAGUAUGGCUGACGGCGACAAUGCAAUCCCGGUGAGUGGGGAAGCUAAGCCAACAGCCGGCAUGCAGAUAAUACCAGGAGAGCUGGUGGCUUCAAUCGAAGAAAUCGUUAUGAUUGAUCCCGAAUGCUACGAACUGGAUCUGAAUCAUCGUCGCAUCGAUAAGCUCGAGAAUUUCGAACCGUUGAAACAGAUCGAACGAUUGUAUCUGCGAUGGAACCUGAUCAAAAAGAUUGAAAACCUCGAUAUGCUAAAAACUCUUGUGGAACUGGAACUGUAUGACAACCAGAUUACAAAAAUUGAGAAUCUAGACAAGCUAGUUAACCUAGAAAUACUGGAUCUCAGCUUCAACCGUCUGACCAAAAUCGAGAACUUGGACAAGCUGCUCAAACUUGAAAAACUCUACUUUGUGGCCAACAAACUAACUGUCAUCGAGAAUGUCGGUAUGUUAACUAAUCUAACUAUGCUGGAGCUGGGCGACAACAAGCUGAAGAAAAUUGAGAACAUUGAGACAUUGGUAAAUCUUCGUCAGCUGUUUCUAGGCAAGAAUAAAAUAGGGAAAAUUGAAAAUCUCGACACGCUAGUCAACCUGGAGAUACUGAGUCUGCAGGCGAAUCGUAUUAUUAAGAUUGAGAACCUGGAUAAGCUGGUCAAUCUGAAGGAGCUUUACAUAUCAGAGAACGGCAUUGAAACUAUUGAGAAUCUGUCCGAGAACAAGAACCUGGACACGCUAGAUUUGGCCAAAAACAGAUUGAAGGUCAUUGGCAACUUGGAAGCGCUCGAACAACUCGAAGAGAUCUGGUUAAACGACAAUGGCAUCGACAACUGGAAAAAUCUCGAGGUGCUCAAGAUAAACAAAUCCUUGCAGACCAUCUACUUGGAGCACAAUCCCGUGGCAACAGAUGUACGCUAUCGCUCCAAGUUGCGCGACAUUCUUCCCCAGUUACAGAAAAUAGAUGCCACCCUCUGCGUGUUGCCAGGCACACAUGCGUAAUGUUCUGGAACAUGAGAAAUAUCGAAUCUAAUGGUUAUAUUAAACAAACAAAUUAAAUUAAUACCUAAAAUAUAUAUUCAAAAUU